AUCCAGCCUAAAGCUGAAAUGAAUGCCUUUUAGACGGAAGGAAGCUGAGUGCACUUUCACCACUAAUACCAGAGUGAAAGGAAGAGCUAAUCCAGCCAUCCUGUCUGCUGUCAACAUUUGGAACUUCACGUUGUGGGUUGGCCUCCUGUAUAGCACAUAGUUAUUCUGUCAUUCAGCAUACAUGGAGAAAGACAUCAAAGUGUGUAAACCUGGCUAACAACACUGCGAUUUUCAGAAGCAGACUGGAGGACAGUCGAAUUGUAGAAGGAUUAUUUUGCAUUUAGUUUCUAGGAAUUUAACUUUUACCUGCACACAGGACAAAAACACAACAUCUAUUUUAUUUUAUUUUAUUUCUUCUUUUUGCUCACACUCUCCCUUGUUUCUUCAGUUAGAAAUGGGCCCGUGGACUAGAAUGUGGCCCAUGGACAGGUUUGCUUUCUUGAAAUCCUGGCUUGUGUUUUUUCUGGGGCUGUAUGUGCAGUUUUCCAAAGCACUGGCCUGUCCAAGCGUAUGCCGUUGUGACCGAAAUUUUGUCUAUUGUAAUGAACGAAGCUUGACCUCAGUGCCUCUUGGAAUACCGGAGGGUGUAACCAUACUCUACCUCCACAAUAACCAAAUUAAUAAUGCUGGAUUUCCUGCAGAACUUCACAAUGUCCAGUCUGUGCACACAGUCUACCUAUAUGGCAACCAGCUAGAUGAGUUCCCUAUGAAUCUCCCCAGGAAUGUCAGGGUUCUCCACCUGCAAGAAAACAACAUCCAGACCAUUUCUCGGGCUGCUCUGGCGCAACUCUUGAAACUGGAAGAGCUUCACCUGGAUGAUAAUUCUAUCUCCACUGUUGGAGUUGAGGAUGGGGCAUUCCGGGAAGCUGUUAGCCUCAAGCUUCUGUUCUUAUCCAAGAAUCACUUAAGCAGUGUACCAGUUGGCCUUCCAAUGGACUUACAAGAACUACGAGUGGAUGAAAAUCGAAUUGCCAUCAUAUCAGACAUGGCCUUUCAGAAUCUCACAAGCUUGGAACGUCUCAUAGUGGAUGGCAAUCUCCUUACCAAUAAAGGCAUUGCGGAUGGCACCUUCAGCCACUUAUCCAAACUUAAGGAAUUCUCUAUAGUAAGGAAUUCAUUAACAUAUCCUCCCCCCGAUCUUCCAGGUACAAAUCUACUUAGGCUUUAUUUACAGGACAACCAGAUAUCUCACAUACCACUUUCAGCCUUUUCAAAUCUUCAUCACCUGGAGCGACUUGAUAUUUCCAACAAUCAACUCCGGAUGCUGUCUAAAGGUGUUUUUGACAAUCUUCACAGCCUGAAGCAACUGACAGCAAGGAAUAAUCCCUGGCUAUGUGAUUGUAGUAUUAAAUGGGUUACUGAAUGGCUCAAAUUAAUUCCUUCCUCCAUCAAUGUUCGAGGAUUCAUGUGUCAGGGACCAGAACAUGUCCGAGGUAUGGCUGUCAGGGAACUCAACAUGAACAUGUUGUCAUGCCCCACAACUACCCCAGAUCUCUCAUUUGUUACCCAAAUUCCCACAACAUCUUUGCCAACCACAAUGGCCCCUACUUCAUCACGCUUAACCCCAAGUAAGAAACACAUUCCUCUUGCCCCUACUAUAGCCACACUCCCCAAUGUGCCUGAGAGGGAUGAUGAAGAAAAAAUGACCCUUCCUACUGUUGAACGAUUUCAGCUGUUUAUCCACAUUGUGAAUGACAGUUGCAUCCAAGUGAGCUGGCACUCCCUCUUUAAUGUGAUGGCCUACAAGCUUACCUGGGUUAAAAUGGGUCAUAGUCUGGAAGGAGGCAUAAUUCAGGAACGGAUAGUUACUGACAAGAGGCAGAACAUCAGCUUGACAAAUCUAGAGCCCAAAUCCACAUAUCGGAUUUGUUUGGUUCCCUUGGAUGAUUUUAAUAAUUACCGCAUUGGUGAGGACACCGUGUGCUCUGAAGGCACCACGAAGGCUUCCCUAUUGAAUAACGGAAGCAACUCAGCUUCUAGCCAUGAGCAGACAACUUCUCAUAACCUUGGUUCUCCAUUUCUGUUAGCAGGCUUGAUUGGGGGGGCUGUGGUAUUUGUGCUGGUGGUUCUGCUCAGCAUCUUCUGCUGGCACAUGCACAAAAAAGGACGCUACACCUCUCAGAAGUGGAAAUACAACCGGGGGCGACGGAAAGAUGACUACUGUGAGGCAGGAACCAAGAAGGACAACUCCAUCCUGGAGAUGACAGAAACCAGCUUUCAGAUUGUCUCCUUAAAUAAUGAUCAGCUCCUUAAAGGAGAUUUCAGAUUGCAGCCUAUAUACACCCCAAAUGGGGGCAUUAACUAUACAGACUGCCACAUCCCCAACAAUAUGCGAUAUUGCAACAGCAGUGUCUCAGACCUGGAACACUGUCAUACGUGAUAGUGAGGUGUGUGGUGAGGCAAUAUUACCACAAGCAAAAACCCAGAGGGAGCAAGCAAAAUCUAUCUACUCACACACAAACCAACAAAAAUUACAUUUGAUAAAUGUUACACAAAUGCAUUUGUGCAUUUGGAUACUCUGUAAUUUAUAUGGUGUACUAUAUAAUGGGAUU